ACCCUUUAUUGUGAAAUCUCGCGAACCGGAAGUUGACAGUUAGCAUCUCACAGUUUACCUCCUCGGAGUGUCUGUGAGUGUYCAGGUGUAAAAAUGUUACCUUUAUCUAUUAAAGACGACGAGUACAAACCGGCCAAGUUCAACCUGCUGGUCAAACUGUCCGGAUGGUUCAGGUCCAUAUUAGCUGAUAAAACCUCGAGGAAUCUCUUCUUCUUCCUCUGUCUCAACCUUUCCUUCGCCUUCGUGGAGCUAACCUAUGGAAUCUGGAGUAACAGCGGCCACAGUCACUCUCUGUUCAACGGCAGCGUGAACCACAGCCACGGAGGACUGGAGCACCACAGCAAACACUUGGACAGACACGGAGGACACGGAGAGCAGGAAGGACACGGACACAGCCACGGAGGACACGGACACAGCCACGGAGGACACGGACACAGCCACGGAGGACACGGACACAGCCACGGAGGACACGAGGAACCACACUUUCACAACGAGCCGGGAUCAGGCUCCAGCAAACAGAUCCUGCAGGGCGUCCUCCUGCACAUCAUCGCCGACACGCUGGGCAGCGUGGGCGUGAUCAUCUCCGCCCUGCUGAUGCAGAAGUACGAGCUGAUGAUCGCCGACCCCAUCUGCUCCAUGCUCAUCGCCCUCCUCAUCGGAGUCAGCUCCUCAAGGAGUCCAUCGGCAUCYUGAUGCAGAGAACCCCGCCUUCCCUGGACCACGCCCUGCCCGAGUGCUACCAGAGGGUGCAGCAGCUGCAGGGGGUCUACAACCUGCAGGAGCCUCACUUCUGGACCCUCUGUACCGAUGUUUACAUUGGAACCUUAAAGCUGCUGGUGGCCCCUGACGCCGACACCCGCUGGAUCCUCAGCCAGACGCACAACAUCUUCACUCAGGUUGGCGUUCGACAGCUGUACGUUCAGAUCGAUGUGGCGGCCAUGUAGAAGCUCCGCCUCCACACCUGGGAUGUGGCGGCCAUGUAGAAGCUCCGCCUCCACACCUGAGACCAAUCACAUUUAGUUCUUGCUGCAGGUGACCUCUGAAGCCCACAGUGGCUGCAGGACACUCAGGGGGGUGAGGAGGGGGAACACAUGAAGAACAUUUGAACUCAAAAARCUCCGCCCAAUUUUUUUUUAUUAUGGGGUUGCCAGGCAACAAGUCCUCCCCCCCUCCCCCUCUGCACUUUAACUGGAGCAAAGCAUUCUGGGAAAGUGCCUUUAUCAUGAAUCAGAGACAAUCUGAGCUCCUCCCACUACUGCUGACAUCACAGCUGAGACCUGAUUGGUCCUUGGCGAGUGUGAUGUCACUGUUUUUACUGUGCCAAACCAUGUGACCAAACAUGUGACCUGAGUGUUUUUUAAUCACUGUAAUAAAUAAUUCUCUUCUGA